AUGAGAUUCGGUCAUAAUGGAAAGUCCUGUGUUCUGCAAACGUUGUGUCAACUCGGAGCCGAACCUUUACACUCUGAUGACGAAGAAGAUCUCCUGCAUGAAAUGGCAACAUUUGUGUUAAAUCCCAAAAACGACGGCAUUCACCACCUGACGGAAAGCGAUGACACAUACCCUUACAUCAAGGCGUAUACAGAUGGAGAGAACCAGGUAGACUGCUCCAAGCUAUAUCAUGGCUGUUCACUAUCCUUCAUAGAUGUAUUCACGAAACUACACGAUCAAGCUUAA